AUGCUGUUCCAAUUGCGGGAAGGCUUGUUUCCAGCUUCGUGGGCCUGGAAGAAGCUCCUACGAUUCGCCGUGAUUUUCGUCGCCAUCACUGGAUUCACCAUAUUUUUUUGGCCUGAGGCCGUCCCACAGAAAUCCCCUGUCCACGCCGCCAACACCAACAUCACUGUAUUCGACAGCGUUACAUGCAGCCCUGAAAUCAGCCUAUUACAGCGGCUCGACAUCAAGCGACUCGCCCAAUACACUCGUCGCGAUGUGAUUGUUGACAUCAACCCCGACAAUACCCCUGACGACCUCCCCAUGACCCAGCUCCUCGAUGAACCCCUUUUCACACCGGAGCGAGUAGUCCGCGACCCCAAAGAUCCCUCUUCCUCCCCUCUGGACGGCUGCCAGAUCCCUACCCCUUUGGUCGUCCGAAUGCCGAAACCGCCACCGCGAGCCAAUGCAUCGCACAUCGACUUUGGCGUCGCCACCUCCAUUUCGCGACUCAACGAGUCACUCGAUGCCUUCGCGCACUGGGCCGCAUACACCGACACGCGCAUUUUCGCCCUCCUCGAGCCCGCCGAGGAGGACACCCAAAAGGGCAUGGACUACCUCUUCGCCAAGGCCCGCGCCCUCGGCGUGGAGCUGCUGAUCGAGAUCUCCGAGGACGACUACCUGCGCCGCUACUUCGCGUUGAUCCCGUGGCUGGAGGCUAACCUGCGCGCGGAGACGCAGUGGGCCUGCAUCAUCGACGACGACACCUUCUUCCCCUCCAUGCACAACCUCGUCGCGGCCCUCGACGCCUACGACCAUACUAAGCCCAUGUACAUCGGCAGCCUGUCCGAGGCUCUGCCGCAGAUCGGGACGUUUGGUUUGAUUGCGUUCGGUGGCGCGGGCGUAUUUCUCUCGCGGCCGCUGUUGUCGGAGAUCACAAAUGUGUAUGACGAGUGCGAGCGGACGGAUUACACUGGUGACCGCCGUAUCGCGAACUGCGUUUACAUGUACACGUCGACCAGGCUAACUGUGGACCACCGGCUGCACCAGCUGGAUCUGAUGCCGGAUGCGUCUGGGUUCUUCGAGUCGGGGCGCGAACUGCCGCUUUCGGUGCACCACUGGAAGUCGUGGUUCAAGGCGGACAUGCCCAAGAUCAGCAUGGUGUCGGACGUUUGUGGGGACUCGUGCUUGCUGCGCAGGUUCCAUUUCAGCGAUAAUUGGAUCCUCACGACCGGAUUCUCUGUUGUGCAGUACUCAUAUCCGUAUGAUGUCAAGGAUCUCACGAUGGAGAUGACUUGGGAGGAGAACAACGGCGCUAAAGUAGAGCAGUAUUUGCAUGAGCUUGGCCCGCUACGGCUGAAGGAUGAGAUGAAGAAAAGCUACGCGCUGGAAGAUGCCAAGAUUGAGGAAAGCGGUGUCGUCACCCAAUGGUUGGUGAAACGCGACAAGAGCAUGGGAGAUGAGGUUUUGGAGCUCACUUGGCGGAGAAGAUGA